AUGGGGAGAAAGAUGAAAGUCGCCGUGCUCGGCAGCAGAGACAAUCUCUGUGUUCAUGCAGUCAGCCAGAAACUCCGAGGGGGUGCACUAAACGCGGCUUGCAAGAAGAAACUGCGAGGCGAGGGGUGCAAAUUUUACAGCAGCUCGGUGCGAGAAAAAGAAAAAAUUGCUCAAGUCCUUCAAGCCUGCGGACCGAUGGACGUCGAGGACCUCAAGGCCUGUGCCACCGGCUGCAGCCCUCCGGGAGUCGAAAAAGUUCAGUUUUGUCCGUUCUACACGAUGCGAGACUACCAAGAGAAGAGCGACUUAGUUCUACUGCCCUACAAUUACCUUUUAGAUCCGUCGUCGCAGCUUCUGAAGCCAGGUUCCCUCGCAAACUCCAUUUUGAUCAUCGACGAGGCUCAUAACGUCGAACAGGUUGCAGAAGACGCUUCGUCCUUCGAGUUGCGUCAGAUGGACAUUGGCCGAUGCAUCAACGCCCUCGGGACUCUCGCAGAAAUGAUUAGCCGGAAGCUCGCUGUGCCCGAAACAGACGUCUCCGACUCUAAUAGAAAAGGCUCUUCCGCGCCUCCUGUGAGUGUCGCGCAGCUGCUUCUCCUUCAGCAGUCUCUUGCGAAACUCGAUGAGUGGAUGUCGGAGUUCGAGCUGAGCGCUCCAACGGAGAAUUUGCGCCAUCCGCAUGCGCUGCUGUCUCUGGAGGAAGUGACCGAAGCGUUCACUGCAUGCAGCGAUUUGUCAAGAACUCGAAAAGCCGAAGUGCCUGCAAGUUUGAUCGACGACGCAACGCCUCUCUUUUCUGCCAGAGGCAAACCGUUGCUGGACAGAUUGCUUGCUGCGUGCAUGCAAGCGCUGCAAGACGAAGGCGCCGAAACCGAGGCACACAUUGAGAAGCAUGUGAACAGCCUCGACAAUCUUCGCCGGAUUUUCAAUAUUCUGUAUGCAGACCUGACAUGGCAGAACGCGUCGAGCUACAGGGUGUAUCUCCACGACGAAGGAGAAGAGGCGGCACAGAGGCACCAGCAGGAGCGAGAGAGAGAGACAGAGAGCGAGUCGCGAGGCGGAUGGAGCAAAAAGAAACGAGCAGCGACCGCGUCGAAGGAAAGCGACGCAGAAGUCCACGCUGCAGCCAAGCCGCGAUGUCUGGCGUUUUGGUCCAUGUCGCCCGCACCGGCGUUUGCCUCGCUUUUGCUGCAAGGCGCGCGCUCGAUCAUUUGCACUUCCGGGACUCUGGCGCCGCUGCUGCCUCUCGCGCAGCGUCUGGGGACGCCGGGCCGGUUAAACUUUUCGAUUUUUCUGGAGAACGACCAUGUUGUCGGUCCGUCUCAGUUGUUUGCCACUGUGCUCUCCCAAGUGAAUCUCUCGGCGGCUGCGGUCGCCUCGGGGCUUCUCGGUGGAGGCGAGGAGACGAGCGCAGAGAGCGACACGAGACAAAACGACUCGAGGCGGGUCUGGAACGACUUCCGCAGCUACAAAGACCUGCAGUUCUACCACCGACAGCUGGACCGAGAGGGAACAGACGCCAAGGCAGAGGCUAACUCGCCGCCCGCGUAUGUAGAAGACUCGACAAAGGACAGCCAAAUGGAAACGCUGCUUUCCACCUUUCAGAAUCGGAAUCGACCGGAAUAUCUGCGCGCGCUCGGCUUCUCUCUCUUGCGUAUUUGCACUCUCGUCGGCGGCGGCGUUCUCUGCUUCUUUGCUUCCUACGCCCAAAUGCACACGUGUAUCACAGAGUGGAAGAAGCCCCUCUCUUCUUCUUCCUUUUCUUCUGCCUCUUCUCCUUCUUCAUCUUCAUCGGUUUCUUCCUCGUCUUCGUCUUCUUCUCGGUCUCCUGCUUUUUUCGGAUUCCCCGCUUCGAAGCCUGCGUCUGCCUCUCGUCCGUUGCCUCCGUCCUCUUCUGGGUCUUCGCCAGGGUCGAUUUUUGGAGCUUUGCAAGGCGCGAAAGACGUUUUCGUGGAGCCUGCGAAUUCGCGCGACAUGCCCGACCUUCUCGUGGCUUUUCAGCGUUCGGUGCAGGAGGCGGUGGAGGCCGACGCCUCCAGCAGCAGAGAUGCUCGCGGGGGCACAGGCCAUUUGGGAGGGACGAAGACAGGCGCCGUUCUGCUCGCGGUCUGCAAGGGGAAAGCUGCAGAAGGAAUCGACUUCUCGGACCAUGCCUGCCGCGCUGUCGUCAUCUGCGGCUUGCCUUUGGCGUCUUUCUUCGAGCCGCGCGUCCAGCUGAAGCGUAUGUGGCUGGACGACUGCAUGCAGAAGCUCGUCGCUGAGACUGGCGGGGCAAGUCGAGGAAAAGAACAAGGAACGGGCGAAACCACCGCACCUGUGCUCAUCAAUGGACGACAGUGGUACGAUCAGGAGGCGCGGCGCGCUGUCAAUCAGGCCGUGGGGCGCGUUGUGCGACAUGCGAAGGACUUUGGGGUCGUCGUUUUUCUGGAUAAACGCUUCUCGUCUCCAGACCUGCAGAAGGACUUGCCUCGCUGGGUGCGCCGGUCUCUGGAGUUGCCGCCGGCCUCGGCGCCUCUGGAGUUUCUCGCCUCUCGAGUUCGGUCUUUUUUCUCGAGUCUCCCCGCUGCGCUGCUUCACCACGCUCUCGCAAAGAUGAAUAGAAGCCCAAGUGCAGGCGCGCUCUCCUGCUUUGUCUCCGAUGUCGGUGACUCUCCACCGCAUGCGGAGACAGACCGCAGCCGGUUGCCCUUGCCUUCGUCCCCCGACGCCUCCUCGCCUGUCUCGCAUGCGUGGAGGCCAGAGGAGACACGGCUGUGCGUGCAGGGAUCGUCGAGUGCGUCUGUCUCGGGUCGCGCGGUUUCUGACCGGCAGUCCUUUGCAGACGCCUGGGGAUUCGAGAAAAAAGAGGUGACUUUUGGGGAGCGCCGCAACUGCGAAGAAACGAAAGAGCUAGUGUGUGCCGAGCAAGUGGCGGCUGAUCGGCGCCGGGCUCGCGAGGCGGUCCUGCUGUCGACAGGGAGAAAGCCUUUCCGGGAGGAAGGGAAGAAGAAGCGCGACAAAGGGAAGGCGGAGCGUGUGUUGUCGCUUGCAGAUCUGGAAGCACAGUCGAGUACUGUGGCCUUCUCGAACGAGGAAGACGAGCUACGAGAGGCCGCGGGGACGUCGGACUGGGCGCGCAUCACGGACGAAACGAAACGCGAGUGGAGGCCCCAGGGAGAAAGCGAAGGCGUCGCGGAGAAGGCUGCGCUUGGGAGGGAACGGGAACAGAAGGCCGGAAGCACGAAGAGCGCUUGCGGCGGGGCGUUUCAGAGCAAGAAAGAAAAAGAAACUAAAGCUGCAGCGGAUCUCGUUCGCCAGGUCCAGCUAUUGUUUACGGAGGAAGAGAAGGCAGCUGGAGGGUUGGCCUCGGAGAACAAGUUCUUCACGUUCUGCAUCUGCAUGCGCCAGCUUGGGAGCAUCCGCGGCAAAGAGCCCCUGCAAGCCAAGAAAGGCUACCGAGAGGUGGUGAGCCGCCUCCAAGAUCUGCUUCUGCCGCUUCCAGUCAAACUGCAUGCGGCCUCCCUGGCCUCGGACAGGCGCGCGCGCUCGGAAGGUCCUUCGACGUUGCAAGCGAAAAAGGAGGUUGUCGACACUGUGAUUUCUCGCUUUGUCCCUGCGGCGUACCAGAGAGAUCUGCAUGCGUCAGUGGAGAAGCGCUGGCAACUUGUGCAGCGACAGAGUCUCGAAACUCAGAAUCAGACAGAACCGUUGCCGGGGCAGAACAAGAGCGAAGCGGGAGAAACAGUUGAGCAUGUGACAGCGCGAACCGGGGCUGGAACGCCGGAAGCCUCUGGGUCGCUGGUGGUUGGGAAGCGCGGUGUUUUCAUCACCGUUGCCGGAGAGUCCGAGGAAGAAAAGGAGAACGCAGAAGACGAGACGCGCCGGCCGACGAAGAAAAGUCGCAUCGAGGGCGACGCGAAGGACCAAGGGGAGGAGCCGCACGGCGAGGAGCGGAGGCCUGAGAGAGGAAGUCUUGUGAAGCCCGCGAGUGAAGGGUGUAACGGAAAGAUUGCCAUGUGCCUUAUUUGCAGAGACGACAUGCCUCUCCAUCGUUCUCUCAACUGCGGGCAUGAAUUCUGCCUGGGUUGCUGGACAGAGCAGCUAAAGAACCGGCUGGAGUGUCCUAUUUGCCGAGCGCGUACUCGAGCCAAGCACCUCGUUCCCGCCUAAUCACUCCAGUCUCUCCAGAGGACAAGGUUCCGGAACUUCCGGAUACGAAAGAGAGAUUUCAGCUGUCCACGGUUCGGUUUGUACAUUUGGUUUUGAUACGCAUACCCUGUUUUCCAAACGCACUGGCUUAGUUGCCGUACCCAAAUUAGCUGAAAAGGCCGAUUGCACCAUCCGGCGCUACGCUGGAGGGGUUGGGUCGUUUCACGAGUUGACAAAGAACUUUCUCGAUUUCAAGGAUGUUACAUUCGCUGGAGGAACUUCUUGCUGCAGCAGUCAGGCAGCUAUAGAGAUGUUUCGAAAUCAAUAAAUCGCUUCACAUCCG